AUGGAGCAGUCAAAAAUGAAUGUGAAGCCACAACCACUAGUAAGCGCCUGCCUGGUUUGUGGAGACCCAAAUAUUCAGCGCCACUACGGAACCGUGUCCUGCAAUGGUUGUAAAGGGUUUUUCAGAAGAAGUAUAUGGGAGAAAAGAACGUAUAAAUGCAGCUUCCACAAUCAAUGCUCAAUUGAGCACAAGUACCGUAACCGCUGUAGAGCAUGCCGACUGGAAAAGUGUUUUCGUGCUGGGAUGGAUGCUUCAGCAAUUCGGAAUAAAAGAGCCAAACGAAAAUCACAACCUGAGUCCCCGUGUACGGAAGAAAUCGAAAAUCGAGCGCUGAGCUGGCAAACUGAAGCCAUAAUUGCGCUGUUAAUGCAGAAGAAUGGUCAGACCCACAAUAAGUUAAGCCAAUUCAGUGGAGCGUCAGAGUUCAAUUUCUCGACUAGAUCAUUCGUCACAUUAGAAACACUUCAUCUGAAUCGCCACCAAUUACCAAAUCGGAUUUGGCUCGAGAAUACGUUACCAGAGUAUCAAAUGCUGGUCCACGCUGAUAAGAAUGUGCUAAUGAGCCUAUCGAUUUUAUCAGUUUGCUGGCUGACUAGCGCUUUUGAAUCCUAUAAAUUCGAAUGUGAUGGUAUUCUGUUUGCCGAUGGGAGCUGGUUUCCAAGGGAUCGGAAACUCAGGAGCCAGGUUUGCUCAAGAUGUGUAACGUACUUCGGAUGUACAGUCGAUUUAUUCCUGACCCAAGUGGUAUAUCGGAUAAAGGAGCUGAAAAUCGAUGAGACCGAAAUCACACUUUUGAAGGCGAUAUGCCACUUGCAACCCAGUCCUCAAUUAUCAAGACAUGCCAUUGAAAUAGUAGCGAAUGGACAGACAAAGUACAAAAAAGUUCUGUGUGAAUAUAUUCGAUCAAAUACCGAUGGGUAUAUGGAUGCUUCCAUACGACUGUGCAAGAUUCUGCAGAUCCUGCCGGAACUUGAUGCACUCGCCAAACUCGAAGAGGACAAUGGACUGUUGGUUUCACUCAGUGGCAUCGAACUCAAUGCAGCUCGCCAGGAAGUGCUUCCAGGAAACAGUCUGAUGGCAGUUUUGAUUUAA